CUACAGUGCCUCCGCCGCGCCGCUAGGGGGCAGCGCGGACGGAUGAAGGAGUCCGAGCCAGAGACAAGGAGAUCUGGAGCUGCGCAGAGCAGGACGCCGAGCAUCCUGGAGCCCCGCUUCAACAUCUGGCGCUGACCCUGCGAUCCAGGCUGGCCAAGCUGCCACAGGAUCCUGCACACCAACCAGAGCGGACCCGGAGCCCCAGGCCGGCUGCGCUGACCCCGGGUGCUGCAUGCCGUCCAGAGAUGAUCCCCCUUCCUGGCUUGACUGAGCUGACCGUGGACCCCCCACGCCAGCCAGAGGAGACCCGAGCCCCCGGCCUGGCUGCGCUGACCCUGGAGCCCGUGCACUGCCGACCUGAGCUCCUGGACGCCUGCGCCGACCUCAUCAACGAGCAGUGGCCGCGCAGCCGCGCCUCCCGCCUGCACUCCCUGGGCCAGUCCUCCGACAACUUCCCCCUCUGCCUGAUGCUGCUGAGCCCCCACCCCAUGCCCGGGCACCCCCCCAUUGUGGUGGGACAUGCCCGCCUGUCGCGGGUGCUAGACCGGCCCCAGAGCCUCCUGGUGGAGACAGUGGUGGUGGCCCGGGCCCUGAGGGGCCGUGGCUUUGGCCGCCGCCUCAUGGAGGGCCUUGAGGCCUUUGCUCAGGCCCGGGGCUUCCACCGGCUGCACCUUACCACCCAUGACCAGCUGCACUUCUAUGCCCACCUGGGCUACCAGCUGGGGGAGCCGGUGCAGGGCCUGGUCUUCGCCAGCCGACGGCUGCCCGCCGCUCUGCUCAGUGCCUUCUCCAGGGCCCCAUGCCGCCGGCCACCCUGCAAGGCCCCUAGCCUGGCUGCCCACACUGCCCCCAAAGCCUCCAAAGGGCCAUCAUUGCCGCCACCCCCUCCCCUGCCUGAGCCCUUGGCCACCUCACUGCCCCCUCCACCCGGGCUCUCCCCACCAAGCCUGCUGGAGACGGGGUACCAUGACCUGAGAGGAGACCCCAUAUUUUGGAUGGAGAAGGACAUCUGAGGGGCACCUGGGACAGGGCACCAUCUUUCUGGUUCAGUGGACUCCCCAGGACAGUCCCAGCCUCAGCCCCUGGCCCCGGGGGCAGCUGAGUGCCGGUGGGACCAGGACAUGGCUCCCUGGCUGGGGCUCCAGGCUGUCAGUGUGGCUGAAUAAAGGCUUCUGUUGGGUGUGGCUA